AUGCCGAACAGCACGACGGCGGAGACGGGCAACGGCAGCCAGCUGGCGGCCGGCCCCGCGCUGAGCGCCAGCCUGGGCUACCAGCUGGGCACGUCGGUGGUGCUGGGCGCGCUGAUCCUCUUCGCCGUGCUGGGCAACGCGUGCGUGAUCGCCGCCAUCGCGCUGGAGCGCUCGCUGCAGACGGUGGCCAACUACCUGAUCGGCUCGCUGGCCGUCACGGACCUGAUGGUGUCAGUGCUGGUGCUGCCCAUGGCCGCCCUGUACCAGGUGCUGGGCAAGUGGACGCUGGGCCAGGUGACCUGCGACAUCUUCAACUCGCUCGACGUGCUGUGCUGCACCUCGUCCAUCCUCCACCUGUGUGCCAUUGCCCUGGACCGCUACUGGGCCAUCACCGACCCCAUUGACUAUGUCAACAAGCGGACGCCCCGGCGCGCUGCCGUGCUCAUCAGCCUGACCUGGCUGAUUGGCUUCCUCAUCUCCAUCCCACCCAUGUUGGGCUGGCGGACCCCCGAAGACAGGUCCGACCCCAACGCCUGCACCAUCAGCAAAGAUCCCGGCUACACCAUCUAUUCCACCUUUGGCGCCUUUUACAUCCCGCUGAUCCUCAUGCUGGUGCUCUACGGGCGCAUCUUCAAGGCAGCCCGCUUCCGCAUCCGCAAGACAGUCAAGAAGACUGACAAGAAGCAGCAGGAGAAGGAGGAGGAGAAGGUGGUGGACACCUGCCUCUCUGCCUCACCUGCCAGUGAGCCUAAGAGGAGCAAUGGGGGGCCCCAGCAGCAGGCCAAAAGGUGGAAAGGUGCAGGAGAGCACAAAGGGGUGGGUGGUGCCUGUGUCAAUGGCACCAUCCGUUCAGGAGAGGAUGGCCCUGUAGCUCCUUCUGCCUUGGAGAUACUUGAGGUUACACCAUCGAACUCUGCCAAGAGUCACCUGCCACUGCCCAACCACCACCACCACCACCACCACCACCAGCAUCACCAGCACCUGCAAGCUGGGGCUGCCACGCCGGCCAACGAGCGCAAGAACGAACCCAGGAAUGCUGAGGCCAAGCGCAAGAUGGCUUUGGCCCGCGAGAGGAAGACGGUCAAGACUUUGGGCAUUAUCAUGGGCACCUUCAUCUUCUGCUGGCUGCCCUUCUUCAUUGUGGCCCUAGUCUUGCCCUUCUGUGACUCAGGCUGCUACAUGCCAGACUGGCUGGGGGCUGUCAUCAACUGGCUGGGCUACUCCAACUCCCUCCUCAAUCCCGUCAUCUAUGCUUACUUCAACAAAGAUUUCCAAAGUGCUUUUAAGAAGAUCAUCAAGUGCAAGUUUUGCACGCAGUGA